AUGUUUAAGAUUCAAACUGAAGAGAGUGAGGAUACAGCUAAGCCUUUUAACCCUACAGCCUUAUCAGUGUUCAGAAGGAAAAAGAGCUAAGAAACUACUUCGAUAGCAACUGAUCCAAGAGAUGCUUUUCAGAACACACAAACAAUCUUAAACAAUAACUUGAUGCUUUCAGCAAGAUCAAAUAGCUAAAUGAAAAAUGAUUCGGCAAAUAUGAACCAACUAGCUCAAAUUGCUUAAAAUAUUAAUCUGGGAAAUCAUUAGCAAAUGACUACAUAAACAAGAACAUCAGUAGGUGAUCUCUUGAAAAUAAAUAGCCAGAAUUUCUUGAUUGGGAGUGGAAAAAUGAAUGAAAAUGUAUUGAAUUCUAUGUCUAAAAAUUUCCCAUCAUUCUAACAUACCACUUUUGAAAUCAGUAACUAGAACGACCCUAGAAUGUUAUCAAACCAAUCAAUUCAAGUCUACGAAUCAAAUAGAUUUAGCAAUAACUUAAAACGAGGUGCAGGGAUUUCUUUUAAUGCAAAUGAAACUGCUAAGUUCAAGCUUAGAAAUGCCUCUUAGUCAAAUAGCAAUUCUCCAAAUAGAGUAAUCUAUUAUAUUGGUGAUGGUGCUCCACUUAUUAACAAAGAUACAAACCAGAUUUUUGAUUCAAGCACUCAAGGUUUUCCAUAUAUGAGAAAGAAACACAUGCAUAAAGCUAGUGAUAUACAGUAGAAUAUAGAUGAACCAGAAGAUGGUAUUAAAGGUAAUGAUGAGGAUAAUGAUAGAGGUACAUAUACUGAAGAAGAAUAUAUCGGUUUAAAGCCUAAGGAGAGAACGCUUCUGCUUACAGUAAUGGAGGAAAAGGUGCUGCAUAUGCAGGAUAAAGUUAGAAUAUUGAAGUAAAAGCUAAAACAAUCGAAUGAGGAGAAAGAGGAUUAUGAAAUUAGUUUAAAAAGAGUUAUUAAUACUAAUCAUAAUCUUCAUGAUAAUCUUACUAAACUUGUAGAGAAAUUGUAAGUAAUAUAGAACUCAGAUGAGUAACAAAAAAUGCAUAACCUACUUAGAGAUAAUGAAUAGAUAGUCAUAAAAUGCAUAAAAUAUCAAUUAGACUGUCUCUCAUUCUUCAAAGAUAUUGUUACAAUUAAUAGAGAUAGUGAUAGCAAAAAUCUUAAAAUGAAACUUGAUAAAUACAUCUCAACAGAGGGGUAGAAGUUGAAUAAUAAUAUCUUUAAAUAAGAUUACUUAGAAAAUAAACUAGUAGAGAUAUAGAGAUUGCUCGAAGAGUAUAACAGCAAAUUUGAUAGCAGCUUGCUUAAUUUAGACCAAGAUGUGAAAUCAUCUUAGGUUUAGAUCUAGCUUGAACAUUCAGAAAGCCAAUAGAUUUUCCAGAUAUAUAACUCAUAAACAGAUGGGAUUAAGGCAUUUGAUACUAAAAUGAAUCAAAAACUAAGGGGUAAUAUAAGCUAACUAGAAUCAGAAGUUAAACUAUUAAAUGGAAAAAUUAAGGAAUAAUCUAGAAUAAUAACAUUGCAAAAUUAAACUCUUGAUAAGAAGAUAUCAAACGCUCUCAAAGAUUUAGAUACAACAAAAGUUCUUCUUAGUAAAAUAUAAAAGAACAACGUCGAGCUCAAGGCUUAGGUGAAAUAGAGUCAUUUUUAAGUUGGCUAGAAAUCCUAGACCUAAUCAUCAGUUAAAUCAACUGGAAAUCUUAGUGAUCAGACAUCUCUGUUGAUUUCAAAGCUUAGGAAAGGUUUUAUUUAAAUUAGAGAUGAGGUUAAAUUGAACAUUAAAAACCUAAGAAAUACAAUUAAAAAUCACAACCCUGGAUAAAGCAAUGAGCUAGUAAGAUCUAUAAAUGAUUACAACAAUGUGAAAGGAAAGAUAUAAGUUCUAAUUGAAGGGUUUACUUCUGACUUGGGUGUUAAAUUCUAACUUGACAUUGAGGAUUUGAGGCAAAAUAUGAAUUCAAUUGAUGAAAAAAUCAAAAAACUAAACUUAGACUUCGACAAAAGAUAUCAUAGUUCGGCUAAGAAGAUUAAGAGAACUGAAAAAGAAAAAGUAGAAUUAUAGUAGACCUUAGGAAACCUAUAGGAUGAACUGUCAAUUUUAAGAUCAGCUACUACUGAUUAAAGUAUUUAGAAGACCUUCCAAUAGAUAUCUAUUAUCCUACUUUAAGGCUUCUAAAAUGACCAAGAUAAUAUUCUUACUGAUUAAUAAAAAGAGCUUAUAAGGACAUUGUUUGGCAACCAAGUAAGUGGAGUAAUGUAAGAUUUCAGUCGUAAAUUAUCAGAUCUUGAAAAAUACAAUCGAUAACUAUAAGAUGGUGAUUUAUAAACUAAAAUCUAGCUGAGAGUAUAGCUUACUCAGUCAUUAAAGUACAUCGAUGACUUGAUUGAUCUAAUCUAAAACUUCUAUUCAGACAAUUCUUCUGAGAUCAUUUAGUAAUAUCAAGUUUAAAAAGAAAAACUACUUGAACAGGUGAAACUAGUACAGAUUUAAAUAUAAAAUUAGGAAUAAAAAGAUCUUCUUGGGGAUGAUGUGGCUAUGAAUGAAUUUGAUAGAAAGCUAAGUAUGAUAGAUGAGAACUCGUUUUUCGUUGAUUAGUCAGUAGAGCUCAAUAAGAAUUAAUCAGUUAGAAGAAGUGGAAGUCAAGGUGGGGGAAAUGUCAGAACUAGAUAAUAUAGAGACAGGAUAGCCGAUUUAGAAAAUAAGAUUGAAAUGCUGUAACUAGAAAAUCUUUAGCUUUAAAAGGAUCUCAAGAAACAGGUCUCAGUAUUAAGGUAUCAAAAUUCAAUAUUGGAAUAAGAUCUAGCUAAUGAAUUCAAAAUCGCUAACUAGAGGUUGAUGAAAUCCAAGUCUGAUGAGAAAUUCUAAGCCUUAAUAAAGCUGAACAAUCGUAAAACAUAAUACUCUAAUUAGAAUAUUGAUAAAAUAUCACCAUAGAUACUUGAUAGAGGAAUGAAGAGUUUGUUGGAGUAGGAUAAAUCUUAGCUUUAAUAAUUCAAUCAGAGAAACCAGCAGAAAUUGAGCAUUAAUCCUAUUGAGGUUAAAUAAGAUUCUUAUUUUGAACAGACACUUCAUUUUACGCCACAAAUGAAUAGAGACUCAGUGAUUUAUGAUAUAUCAGACUAAGGCAAAGACCAAAAACUUUCUCGUAUUUUAGCUUCAUCCUAGAGAAAGGGUCAAAAGUACGAUGAGAAUCCAUUACUAGCACCAUAAGUCGAAGAAGUAAUAAAUUAAUAUGAGGAGUAAAAUAAAAUGCUACAAAACUUUAUCUACUCCUAGGCACUCUAUAUAGAAGAAAAUCUUAUGAUGGUAAAGCCAAUUAGUGAAAAAUUCAGCAUGAUGUAAAAUAGCAAUGAAAAUCAAAGCAAUAUGAGUAUCAAUAGCAAUACAUUUAUGAGAAAUAUUGGAGCAGAGAAGCGUAUUUCUAGACUAGGAAAGACAUCAGCAGAUACAAGCAAGUCUAAAAGUGUGACUAGAUACCAAAUCAUAGAAGAAGAUAGGUUUUUGAAUGGCGAUAUUAACAUAUGA